UGGCUCAUGGAAUGGGCAAAAUUUCAGCCUGGUUCCUGAGAUGCGCGUAAACGACAUAUUUAAUUACAGUUAUUCCAUUAAUAAGGAUGAGAGCUAUUUCAAUUACUCUCUCCUAUGAUUCUUCCAUUAUAAGAGUAUUCGUGCUGGAUGUGUCAGGGCAGAUUAAGCAAAUGACAUGGCUUGAAUCCUCUCAACAAUGGAAUUUGUUUUGGGCUCAACCAAGAACGCAAUGUGAGGUUUAUGCUUACUGUGGGCCUUUUGGAAUCUGCGAUGACAGUGCAGUCGAUGGAUUUUGUGAAUGUUUGCCAGGUUUUGAACCUGCCUCCCCUAAUAACUGGAACUCGGACGAAGGGUGUGUGAGGAAAGCAGAUUUGCAGUGUGGCAAUACUACUCAUGCUAAUGGGGAGAGAGACCAGUUUCUCCAGGUGUCUAAUGUGAUACUACCGGAUUAUCCACUAACACUCCCAGCAAGGAGUGCCAAGGAGUGCAAGUCAGCUUGCCUAAAUAACUGCUCUUGCUCUGCUUAUGCCUACGACAGAGAGACGUGUACAGUAUGGAGUGGAGAUCUUCUAAAUUUGCGACAGCCAUCCGAUUACAACAGUAAUGGUCAAGAUUUCUAUCUCAAACUUGCUGCCCCUGAGCCAAAUGGGAGAGUUUCAAGCAGCAAGUGGAAGGUGUGGCUAAUUGUUACACUGGCCAUUUCCCUAACUUCAGCCUUUGUCAUUUGGGGGAUAUGGAGAAAGCUCCGAAGAAAAGGGGAAAAUUUGUUACUAUUUGAUUUAAGUAACAGCUCAGAAGAUACCAACUAUGAACUUAGUGAGACAAAUAAACUUUGGAGAGGCGAGAAGAAGGAAGUUGAUUUGCCAAUGUUCAGUUUUGCGAGUGUAUCUGCUGCUACUAAUAACUUCUCUAUUGAAAAUAAACUAGGAGAGGGCGGUUUUGGACCAGUUUACAAGGGAAAGUCACAAAAAGGAUACGAGGUAGCUGUGAAAAGGCUUUCAAAAAGAUCAAGACAGGGAUGGGAGGAGUUAAAGAAUGAAGCCAUGCUUAUAGCCAAGCUGCAACAUAAGAAUCUUGUGAAGCUGUUUGGCUGUUGCAUUGAGCAAGAUGAGAAGAUAUUGAUUUAUGAGUAUAUGCCCAACAAAAGCUUGGAUUUCUUCCUAUUUGAUCCUGCAAAACAUGGGAUUCUGAAUUGGAAGACACGGGUUCACAUCAUUGAAGGGGUUGCUCAGGGUCUUCUUUAUCUGCAUCAGUACUCCAGAUUGAGGAUUAUUCAUCGAGAUUUGAAGGCUAGCAACAUUCUUCUAGAUAAGGACAUGAAUCCUAAAAUAUCAGAUUUUGGAAUGGCAAGAAUAUUUGGGAGCAAUGAAUCAAAAGCAACAAAUCAUAUAGUUGGGACUUAUGGCUACAUGUCCCCUGAGUAUGCUUUGGAAGGCCUCUUUUCGACUAAAUCUGAUGUCUUUAGCUUCGGGGUCUUAUUACUAGAGAUUUUGAGUGGCAAGAAGAAUACUGGAUUUUACCAAAGUGACUCCCUCAAUCUUCUCGGAUAUGCAUGGGAUCUGUGGAAAGACAGCAGGGGACAGGAGUUGAUGGAUCCAGUGUUGGAAGAGACAUUGCCAAGACACAUUCUGUUGAAGUACAUCAAUAUAGGCCUUCUUUGUGUUCAAGAAAGUGCAGAUGACAGGCCUACCAUGUCUGAUGUUGUCUCAAUGCUUGGCAAUGAAAGUGUACGUUUACCCUCUCCAAAACAACCGGCAUUUUCAAAUCUGAGAAGUGGGGUGGAACCACAUAUAUUUCAAAACAGGCCUGAAAUUUGUUCCUUAAAUGGUGUGACACUUUCGAUUAUGGAAGCACGAUGCAUGGGAGGUUCCAAGACUUUGAGGGAAAGAAAAGCAGCAGAACCAGCUGGGGAAAAUCAGACAUGGUUGGCCAGAUGUGAUGAGGGAGCAGCAACACCACUCUUCAUCUUUGAACUAGAUUGUGAUGUAGACUUUGUUAUGGGUAACAUGAAAAUUUCAACCAGAAGGUGGUCUGCUAAUCUCGUUUUCUUGCUUAUUUCUUCAGGUUUUCACUGGCAAUUUGUUGAUGCAUUUACAGAUACAAUCUUACAAGGUCAAUCACUCACAACCUCUCAGACCAUCAUAUCUGCUGGUGGUAACUUUGAAUUAGGAUUCUUUUCUCCUGGAAAGUCCACAAAAUAUUAUGUGGGGAUAUGGUACAAGAAAUUCUCAGAGCAAACCAUUUUGUGGGUAGCUAACCGAGACUAUUCGUUCACAAAUCCAUCCGUGGUUCUUACUGUCAGCACAGAUGGCAACCUCGAGAUUUUGGAGGGGAAGAUUUCGUACAAGGUGACAAGCAUAUCAUCAAACAGCAACUCUAGUGCCACCCUGUUGGAUUCUGGAAAUCUUGUUUUGAAAAAUAAGAAGUCAGAUGUCUUAUGGGAGAGCUUUGACUAUCCAUCGCACACUUACCUGCCGGGGAUGAAGCUUGGGUACGACAAAAGGGCUGGAAAAACAUGGUCAUUGGUGUCAUGGAAGAGCGCAGAAGAUCCCAGUCCAGGAGAUUUCUCCCUGCAGCUCGACCCUAAUGGAACUAGCCAGAUUUUUGGCCUGCAAGGACCCAACAGGUAUUGGACUACUGGGGUGUGGGAUGGGCAGAUUUUCAGCCAGGUUCCUGAGAUGCGUUUGCCCGACAUGUAUAAGUGCAAUAUAUCCUUUAAUGAGAAUGAAAGCUAUUUCACUUUCUCUCUUCAUAAUCCCUCCAUUCUGAGCAGACUGGUGCUAGAUGUGUCAGGCCAGAUUAGGUCUCUGAAUUGGCAUGAAGGCACACAUGAAUGGGAUUUAUUUUGGCUUCAACCAAAAACACAGUGUGAGGUUUAUGCUUAUUGUAGGCCUUUCGGAACCUGCACUGGGGAUUCUGUUGAAUUUUGUGAAUGCUUGCCAGGUUUUGAACCUCGCUUCCCUGAAGACUGGAAUCUGCAAGACAGAUCUGGAGGGUGUGUGAGGAAAGCAGAUUUGCAGUGUGUCAACGAAAGCCAUGCUAAUGGGGAGCGAGACCAGUUUCUUUUGGUGUCUAACGUGAGACUGCCCAAGCAUCCAGUAACACUGCAAGCAAGGAGUGCUAUGGAGUGCGAAUCAAUUUGCCUGAAUCGCUGCUCUUGCUCUGCUUAUGCUUAUGAGGGAGAGUGUAGAAUAUGGGGUGGAGAUCUUGUAAACGUGGAGCAGCUACCAGAUGGUGACAGUAAUGCUAGAAGUUUCUAUAUCAAACUUGCUGCCUCUGAGCUAAAUAAGAGAGUUUCAAGCAGCAAGUGGAAGGUAUGGUUAAUUGUUACACUGGCCAGAUCUUUAACUUCAGUAUUUGUCAAUUAUGGGAUAUGGCGAAGGUUCCGAAGAAAAGCUGGGGAAGAUUUGUUAGUAUUUGAUUUCGGUAACAACUCAGAAGAUACCAACUAUGAGCUUGACGAGACAAAUAGACUUUGGAGGGGUGAGAAGAGGGAAGUUGAUUUGCCCAUGUUCAGUUUUGCGAGUGUAUCUGCUUCUACAAAUAACUUCUCUAUUGAAAAUAAACUAGGAGAGGGCGGUUUUGGAUCUGUUUACAAGGGAAAGUCACAAAGAGGAUAUGAAGUAGCUGUGAAAAGGCUCUCAAAAAGAUCUAAACAGGGAUGGGAGGAGUUAAAAAAUGAAGCCAUGCUUAUAGCCAAGCUGCAACACAAGAAUCUUGUGAAAGUUUUGGGAUACUGCAUCGAGCGGGAUGAGAAGAUGUUGAUUUAUGAGUAUAUGUCCAACAAAAGCUUGGAUUUCUUCCUCUUUGAUCUUGCAAAACGUGGGAUUCUAAAUUGGGAGACACGAGCUCACAUCAUUGAAGGGGUUGCUCAGGGACUUCUUUAUCUCCAUCAAUAUUCCAGAUUGAGAAUUAUUCAUCGAGAUUUGAAGGCUAGCAACAUUCUUCUGGAUAAGGACAUGAACCCUAAAAUAUCAUAUUUUGGAAUGGCAAGAAUUUUUGGAGGAAAUGAAUCAAAAGCAACAAAACAUAUAGUUGGGACUUGUGGCUAUAUGUCCCCCGAGUAUCUUUUGCGAGGUCUCUUUUCAACUAAAUCUGAUGUUUUUAGCUUCGGGGUCUUGUUACUAGAGAUUCUAAGUGGCAAGAAGAUUACCGAAUUUUAUCAUAGUGACUCACUCAAUCUUCUUGGAUAUGCAUGGGAUCUGUGGAAAAACAACAGAGGACAGGAGUUGAUUGAUCCAGUACCGAAUGAGAUAUCUUCGAGACAUAUUCUGUUAAGGUACAUCAAUGUAGCCCUUCUCUGUGUUCAAGAAAAUGCAGACGAUAGGCCCACCAUGUCCGAUGUUGUCUCCAUGCUUGGUAGGGAAAAUGUACUUUUAUCUUCUCCAAAUGAGCCGGCAUUCUCAUAUCUAAGGGGCGUGAAACCACAUGCAUCUCAAGAGAGGCCUGAAAUUUGUUCCUUAAAUGAUGUAACACUUUCAAGCAUGGGAGCACGGUAAGUGUUCUAAAUUUCAGAUUGCAUAUGCUUAAAUGUCUUCAGCAUAUUGUCUAGUAUUAUAUCGGCCAUCAAGUUGAUUGUUGAUGUAUUGAACGUGUGAACUUUUGUAUGUAUUUUUCUUUCAAUGCAGUUCAAUAAUGUGCUUAAUUUUACUCAA